AUGCAGGAGCAAGAAAUUCCACCAACCAGCAGCGAUGAAAUCCACUACUGGGGCGAUCUCCCAGAGCAAGAGUACUACAAACAGCAAGGAAUUCGAGCAGGGCAUUCAUUCUACACCUCACCCAGAGGCCUGAAGCUCUUUACCCGUUCAUGGCUGCCGAACACCUCCAAACCACCUCGCGCCCUGCUCUGUAUGGUCCAUGGAUACGGCAACGACUGCAGCUGGACCUUCCAAUCCACAGCCAUCUUCCUCGCCCAGAACGGCUUCGCCUGCUUCAGCCUCGACAUGGAAGGCCACGGGAGAUCCCAAGGCCUGAAAGCCUACGUUCCCAACAUCGACCUCGUCGUCCAUGACUGCCUCUCCUACUUCAACGCCAUCAAACGAGACCAGCAAUUCACCGGCCUCCCUUCAUUCCUCUACGGCGAAUCCAUGGGCGGAGCGAUGUGCCUCCUCAUCCACUUCCAAAGUCCUACCGCCUUCGACGGCGCGAUCCUCGUCGCCCCGAUGUGCCGAAUCGCCGACGAGAUCAAACCUCGCUGGCCGAUCCCCGAGGUCCUCACCAUCGUCGCCAAAUUCCUCCCGACGCUGCCCAUCGUCCCCACGGGAGACCUACUCCGUGAAUCCGUCAAAGUGAAAGAGAAGGUGAAGGUCGCGGAGAUGAAUCCGAUGAGGUACAGAGGCAAGCCGCGGCUCGGGACAGUGGUGGAGCUGAUUAGGACUACGGACUGUCUGGGGAACAGAUUGCGAGACGUUAGGGUUCCAUUCCUCGUCCUCCACGGAAGCGCGGAUGUGGUCACGGAUCCGAAUGUUAGCAGAGCGCUGUACGAAGAGGCCGCGAGCGAGGAUAAGACAAUCAAGAUCUACGACGGGAUGCUGCAUUCGCUGUUGUUCGGAGAGACGGAUGAGAACAUUGCCAUGAUCCGGCGGGACAUUGUGGUUUGGCUCAGCGAUAGGUGCAGUACAAAGUGA